AUGGCCACAUGGACUGAGAAGUACCUGGCAGCCUUGCAAGAAAGAGAUGCGAGGGAGAAGGCCAACCUCAAUUUGUACGACCACUGCACCAAGCUAGCAGACAAGAAUGCCGAGCUCCAGACACAGCUGAGACAGGCUCCCACGGAGGAGCCAGAACAGGCAACACCCACAGCAACACCAUCACUCGUAGGUCGGGGGCUGCGGAGAGUCACUUCGCCAGUAGCCGGCACGACAGCAGUGGAGUCCAACACAACUGUCAGUGCACAGUUACGGCAGGACUUGACCAAGGCGCAACAGGAGCGCGGAGACCUUCAGGUCCGACUAGACUCGGCGCUGAAGGAGUUGGAAACCCUCAAAGGGCGGGCCAAAGCCGACAGCAAACGCAUGAAUCAGCUCAAUGCCGGUGUUUCUCAGUUGACCAUCAAACUCAAAGAUCGCGAAGAGGAACUUCGUGGAAAGGCCAAGCUAGUGGAGAAUGUCCAGGACGAGAACGUGACCUUGAAUCUCCAACUCAAUAUGGCUGAGGAACAGUCUGACAAACUGAGGCAGGAAAACAAGGAGCUUGUGGAUCGCUGGAUGGCGAGAAUGGGAAAGGAGGCCGAUAAGAUGAACGAACAACAUAAAUUCAGCUAA